AUACAUUUUGAUGUAAUAUUUUAGUUACAAGUUCAUUUCAUGACCGAUAUUUCACUAAUACCUAAAAUAUAAGACGCGCAGUUUUGCUUUUAUUUAUUUAUAAUUAAAUCAACGCAGAACAUGUAUCCAACCCGAAGAGUUCUCUUAAUAUUUCUUUUGUGGUUUGAGUUGGUGCAAAAUCAGUCGUUGAAUGGUUGCAUAGUUGGAGCAUGCGUGGACCCGUAUUCACAGUUAUAUUCGUAUGAACAGCCUGUUUACGAUUACUCUCAGUAUUUACAGAUCGCCUAUGCCAACCCUUACUCUCAACAAUAUCCGAUCCAAUCUAACUACCAACAAUAUUACUAUCCCUACCAAGAUGAUUCACAAAAACCAAUAGUUAUUAUCCUGGAAAACGAAGAUCGCGACGAUUUAUUAGAAAUAAUAUCUCUUAUAGUUUCUAUGAAGGAUAAAUCUGAUAACGAACCAAUUUACAUACCAUAUCCAGUAUCAGUUACGAACAACGAUUAUUAUUACGAUUUCGACUGUGAUUGUGAUUGCUAUUCGAACUGCGGUUGCAAAAACAAGGGGAACCGUAAAUCGUGUAAGAACGAUGGACCGUACUGCGAUAGCGGUUUUGAUGAUUGCGGUGAAUGCAGAAAGAGAGGACGAUCAAAAUCUAAAUGUCGCUCCAAUUCAGACCGCGGUCGCAGCAAUAAAUGCGAUGGUAUAAAACAUAAAAGUGACUGCUGCUGUUAUUACUAAUUUAAUUAUAAUUUUCUACAACGUUUCAUAUCAUCAAUUGCUAUUUUAAAAUUGUAAUGUGCUAUGUAUUAUAUUAAGUAAAUCAGUAAUUAAAUAUAUAUUAUGUA